AUGUCGGAGCCUAGUGCGUGGUUCAGGCUGCGCACUGAAGCUUCCGGCAAGAGAGGAAUGAGAAUGGAGUUCCGGGUGGAAUUGUAUUUCCUGCUGGGUCUCUUUUUCGACACAGUGAAAAGAGCCCCCAGAGCUGGUCACCUACAGGCCGGGUCAGGCCGGGGACUGGCCCACUCUCCCAGCCCCCGCUCUCGGACGCGGUCCUUGGAUGAGGGUCCCCAGGACUGGAGCCGUCGUGGGUCCAGGGGAAGGGCCUCGGCCCCACCCGAGAGGGCAGAAGAGGUGCGUUGGCAGCCGGGGUCCCUCUCCCACCAGGGCUGCUGUCUGCUUUGGGCGUUGGCUCCCGGUGAGGUUGCACUUGCAGGACAGUUUGCGGCAGAAUCUCGGGGCGUCUCCCGGAGUCUGUCCGGGGCUCUCUGCCCGGGACGCCUGCCCUCCUGCUGCCCAGCCCCGGCUGCCGACCUCUGGCCCGACAGCAUCCUCCCCUGGGGAGCUGCCCCCCACUUCCCUUGCCCGUGUGCUUGGGGUGCAGCGAGCCCGUCCUCCAACUCCAGAGUCUGUGGGACUCACAGGCCAGCAGCCGGAGACCGGAUCCCGCACAAGCCAGUUCCAGGGCUUUUGCAGAAAUCGCUGGUGUCCGCUUGCUCACUGCGUGGGACAGGAGCCCGGGGCUGCCAGGCAGGUGCCACGCACAAGGACACAGCUGAGGGUGGCGUGACCUCAGAGCCAGAGCAUCUCUGCAACCCACAGUGCCUAUCCCUGGCGACGUUGCCACGUGUGCACAGCUGCGGGAGGCGUCCCGCAGGGGUGAGUGACCACCGGGCCUGCAGGGCGUCCCGCCAGACCAGUGACCAUCAGGGCAGACGCACCCCUGGGCCCUGCACCAGCCCCGCCACCUCCGAGCCCAGGCCCCGGGGCACGUUCCCGGGAGACUCCGUUUCACGUCUGGGACGUUGGGGCCGGGAGAUUUAUGGGCUGGCGCUUUUUUCACGGGAGCUGUCUUUUGAAUUAUCGUGUAAUUAAGAUGCUAAUGGCUGUUUAUAGAAGCUUCUCUUCUCCGUCCAACUGCUCUCUGAAUAAUAAGGAACGUCCCCUUUGUUAGGGUGGAAAACAGCAUUGAGACCAAAAUCCUUCAUUAAAUCACUGUUUGCAUCCUUUUUCUUUCCCCCUUCUACCAAAAAGGAAUUUACUCAUGCUCAUUAAUUUUUCGUUGUGUGGAUGAAUUGUAGGGAAUUCUUCUGAUAAAAGGAUAAACACCUUCAUUCCUCGUUGGGGCAGUGGAGGGUCCCCUCGGAGAACAGCUGCUCACUCAACCUCUUUACAGGAAAACAAAAGAAGCUUCAGGAACCUCAUUCACAAAAGCAUUUCGGGGGCUGUCCGGGGUCUCGGGGAGGUCUUCCGGUGGCCCGUGGCCUGGGCAUCAUCCACGGGACCCGCGGGGUCUGAAGGCUGCACUCCGGGGAGCCCGUCCCCCUCGCUUUCCAGACGGGGGCCGGGGCCAGUGCCACGGAGCAGGCUGUCCAAGGUGACCCGGCACGGCGCUGGCAGGCCUGGGACGGGAGCCAGGUCCCAUCUCCGCUGCUUUGCCGCAGCCUGGAACGGCUGCCACGUUCAGUUACAGUCAAAGCGGGCGCCUCCCGUCCCUUUGCAAGUCCUUCCCUUGGGCCGCUUCCGGGCCGAAGCCCACCCUGCGGGCCAGGCAGCCCGUGACACACCAGUAGGGCGCUUGGACAGUUGAGCGUGACAACCCACAGGCCUGAUGACAGGUGUGCGCAGAGCAGGACGAAACCCCGGUUGCUGCUGCUAUGGUGGCCCCACCCCCCACCCCAUCGUCACAGCAAGGGGCCGCCCGGCUCCCUGGGAAGGAAGGCAGCGCUGCCUACGCCGUCACCAGGUGGCCCAGACACAGGGACCCUCUGAACUUCCCUGCUCACAGUCUUGGGCUCCGUGCUGCACGGCCCCUCCAGGAUUCCAGGGUUCGGGGACGUCUGGGCUUCAAAAUGGCCGUGACGGUUCGCCCAGGGCACAGCGGGGAAAGUGGGGAGGACCGGGAUCUCUGAGCUGAGCACCUCUCGUGACGUCGGGGCCCUGGUCACAGGCCUCCAGGGGUGGUGCCUGGGAGGUCCGUUUGCUCUCUGCCCUGCAGGUGAGUCCCCAGGCCAGCUGGAGGGGGGCACCGGCCAGGGUGGCCCGGGGGCGGGGCGAGGAAAGACUCCUCCAGCCCGGCGAGGAGGGGCCUGCACUGGGGCCACCCCCGAGCCAGCCUGCGGGGAGGAGGCCAGCACACCUGCUGGGAGAGGCCCCCGAGACAGGCGGCCACAAACCGGGGACUUCAGACAGCGGGAGUUCGUUCUCCCGCAAGUCUGGAGCCCGGAAGGUGGAUCUAGGUGUCAGCAGGUCGCACACGCUCCCAGGGGCUCCGGGGAGGGUCCUGUCCCGCCUCUCCCAGCUCCUGGAGCGCCAGGUGACCUAGACGCAGGGCGCCAGCCUCCCCCUGGUCCUGGCCGUGAUCUUUGAUUGAUCACAUCUGCAAAGACCCUUUUCCAAAUAAGGUCCUGGGUAGGACCUGGGCGUCUCUUCCGGAGGCCCCCACUCCACCCCGCAGCGCCUCUCAUCUGAUGAGAAAGGGUUCUCCAUCUGUCUGUGUCCGCACCGUGGCCAGGGCAGAGGCGGGGUGCCCUGCCCACCGCAGACGCCCGGCGGUGCCAUCUGGAAGGGCCGUUGGGCUUGGCUGUGGCCGUGCGGGCUCCUGUCCCCUUCAGCGUCCCCUUCCCAGGCAGGGCCCCUCCCCCGUGCCGAGGGUCCCCGGGACUCAGGGUUUGUUGUCAGACCGAACCCCGAACCCUUUCCACCCUGAGCUGGGGGGGGGGUGGUCCCAAGCAAAUCUCACGCUCAGUUCUCCGAGCUCAACUCUUCUCAUCAAAGAGUCGGGUGCUAGGACGUGCUCACGGCAACUAAAGCGCCAGGUGGGAGCCCGUCCCUGCAGCACACGCACCGUGGGGCCUCGGGCUCCCAGGCGUUUGCAGAGAGGCCCCGCCAGGCAGGUGGGUGGGCAGAGCGGGGUGUCGGGCCUGAGCACUGUGGCUGUGCCCCGCGGUGGGACCCUGUUCUUCCCAACUGCUGUGUGAUGCUGGCCUCCAGGGAUGGCAUCUCUGAUGUACGGGAUGGAGUCCUAACGUUCUGCCCUCAUUGAUACUAUUUUUGUCGUAAAAGGUGGAGUUUCUUGUUCCCUGCUUGGCUAGAUGGAGAUCCCUUCCUGCCUUUUUGGUUGUCCCUGUGUCUCAGCAUGGGUCUCACCGCCUCCAGGGUGGCCUCCCUGAGGCCCGGCCCCUCCCCCCAGCUGCAAGUCCCCGCGGGCCGGGCCGGGUGCUGCUGUCUCCCUGGCCGGCCUGGCGGGGCCACACUCCCUCCAGGGCUACAGUCUCUCUGCCCGGCCUGGAUGUGCCACCAGAGAACCACGGACGCCCUUCAGGCCUUCGCUGAAGCUCUGUGGAUCCCCUGCUCUUUGUUCAGAAAGAUGUUUUAUUCUCUUUCCAGUAUUAAUGUUUUUAUUCCCUUCUCCCCAUUGUAACCAGAAGGAGUCUUCUAAUUGGUACCAGAACUUGACCUAUUUCUUGCAGGGGAGAAAAAAAAAAAGCAAACACCUAAUCAUUAAAUGCAAUUAUUACUUCAUUCUUCUAUCUCUUCAACCUGCCAAACUAUUAUAUACUCUUGAUUAUGGAAACUUUAGUCAAAACAAGAACUGAAGAAAAAUUUAUGCAGAAUUCCGUAACACCUACACGUUAAAGGUCUUCGUGUUUUUAAGUUCUUUUAGUCCUGGUCCAUACACACAUACGA